AUGCAUGAGCCUCAGUACUACGACUCCCCCCCUAUGUACAGCCCUCCUUACAGCUCCAACUCCCACAGCUACUAUCCCCCAAGGAGUGUUCACACCCCCCAGAGCCAGUACACCCCCUACACCUAUAAUGCCCCUCAAGAUUCCUACUACCAAGAGGGGAGGCCUCAACUCUUCUACCGCUGGUUUUCUCCCCCUGGAUUUGUGAAAACCUUCCAAGGUGCCACAGUUCUCAUGUGCUUUCUCAUCUUUGCCUUUGUUGCUUCAACACUAGUGUGGGACAUGAAUGGAUUUGGGUACGGGGGCUUUGGCAUUGGGGGCUCAGCGGCUGUUGCAGGGGCAGAAAUGGGAUAUUAUGGAGGAAGUUACGGUUACAGUAGCUCCUACAUGACUCCACAGUCUGCAAAAGCGGCCAUGAUUUCCAUGGCUGCCAUCAACUUCCUGGUUUCUCUGGGGUUUCUGGUGGGGAGCUUUUCCCGAUCACGAGCUAUGAGGGGAUGCACCUUCUACCUCACUGUGUUCAUCUGUGACAUCAUCUUAGCCGUGCUGCAGGUGAGUUUCUCAAAAUGUGGCGUGAAUGUGAAGCAUCUGGUUUCCAGUUCAGAAAAGUAAAAACACUUUGAACUCCAGAUACCUGUCUUGAGAUAGUUUUGCAUUCUGAUCCAUUGAAUUUGUCUCUUUUACAUACUUCUGUGCAAAAUAACAAGCUGAUAGUGAAGAAGUAUUUCUCACCAAUUUUCAAUCAAAGUGAAAAAGCUGUGAGGAGUGAACUUUUGAAUUAGACCACUCAAGGUACUGUUACAUUUACCCUUUCAUUCACACCCCAAUGUGACCUUACCUUACCACCACACACUUGUCAUUUUCAUUGUUCUGUAAGGUGAUGUUGAGGCGCCUAUAAAUAAAAUGUGGACAGCGUGAUUGAAUCCAUGAUGCUAAAAGACAAGUCCACCUGGCAGCUCUGGCAGCUCUGGCAAAGACACACCCACCUAUAAGCUGAGCAGACUAUUCCUACGAUCGCUUCUCUCUUCAGUUCUGCGCUUUCUUAGAAAGUUACUAGACAGUGUUCUUUUGGUUAUCCAGGAAUAACUGCAGCUAUUAUUGCUUCCCAAAGACAGAGGCACCAGAAACAGUGGGAAGAUUUUAUGUUUUCAGGACAAAAGCCACAAUGUAGCUGUUUGUUCUCGUCACUUCAAUGAUGUCUUUCAGGUUUAGAAAAACAGACAAAAAAGUCAGAACAAGCUAAAUUUGCCUUUUAAUUGUGACUGAAACCUGGAGCUGUUCCAUCUAUAAAGACCUUUCAUAAACAUCAUCUACAACAACCAAAACACAGAGCAUUAUAUACUCAAUUUCACUGAAUUAACAAAUCUCUCUUUUGACUUACAGGGCAUCAUCGACAUCAUCUUCGUGAUCGGGGUGAACCCAUUGUCUCAGAGCUCACAGAGCAUGCUCUAUAACCCAAUGUUGAUGAUGUGCCAGAACCUCCAGGGCAGCCCCAGCUACAGUGGCAGCAUAGGAGCUGGUUACCCAGGAGGGUUUCCCAUGUACAAUCAAUAUCUGCACCACUACUGCUACAUGGACCCUGAGGAGGUGAGUCAAAGAGUUCUGCUGUAUUCUUUUACAUUUUACCGUACUCUCCUCUAAUCUGUAUUUUAAUUUCUUUCCCCAGGCGGUGGCCUUCUGUUUGGGUCUGAUAGUGGUUUUGAGUCUCUCUCUGUCUGCCUACUUUGCCUACAAGACCCGCAGUAAGAUUUGGCGACAUGGGAAACCUAAUAUCUUAUGGGACGAGCCUAGGAGCAGACGGUCAGAGGGACAAGAUGUUCAGGACUGGGUGAGAAACUGCUUGUUGUUAUGUUCUCAAUUUCUAUGUGAUAUUUGGGGCUUUUGAUUUAAUUACUUAAUGUCUUUAUGAGGUAUGUUAACCCUCAAAUACUGUUCAAAUCCUGUACCCUCACAGUAUGUUGCGGGUCAAAAUUGCCCCUUUAAAGAGUUCAAAGAGCAGCUUUCUGUCACAGAAAGUUCUCUUGACUAGUUAGGUCAUUUUGACCUCUGUCUAGGUGUGUCUGUGUGACUGUAUGUCUGUGUGUGUGCGUGUGUGUGUGUUUCUGUCAAGGUAAUGAUAGUUUCAUAAUGAUUUGAAUAUAUCUUUUUAAACAACAAACCUGAUAUUGAACACUUUUGUUACUGUUUAUCACUUGUCCCACACUGCUAGAUCUAAAUAUAGAUACGGGUCAAAUUUGACCUGUAACAGCCCUAGAGGGGAAAAAUUUGUAGCACAUAAAAAAAAAUACACAUGAAUAUUUUUAAAUUAAUUUCACGUAUUUUGGGCAACUUCAGGAAAAGUCAUCAAGUUUCAGGCUUAAAAAAUGACGUUUAGGGUAUUUUUUACUGCUGUUAAAAGUCAAAACGGGUCAAAUUUGACCUGAACAGUAUGUGAGGGUUAAGUGUUACUCAGAGAGGGAUGUUGUUCAACUUGACCUUUUCAUUGAGGAACAAUUUGAAGGACCACACUGAAGCCAGGCUAUCAACCGCUGCAGAGUCAAUGUAAAAUUAGAGGAGCAUGUAUUUGUUGUAUGAAGACAAAGUGACUUCCUCACGGUGGAGUAAAGCACUGAAAAAAUGUUGAUACAGCGUAGACUUCAGCUGACAUUUGUAUCAGACUUUCUUAUAAUUUGCUAGAUUAGAUGGUGGUGUUCAAGUUAUCUGCAGUGGUUGAUAGCCUUACCUCCAUACUUGUUCUCCACCAGGUUUCUUAACAACCUUCUAGAUAUUUCAGGACCAGUACCCUUCAUCAUCAUUUCUUGCAAACGACUGUUCAGUUUUAAAGUCUCACAUUAGCUGCCGUUGACUUAGAUAACGCUGCUGUUUAUCUUUGGCACUCCCAGGUUUCACUCUGGCUGAUCAUUAACCAGACUGAUGUUAUAAGUGCCACAGCCCUAUAGCAGUAAAACUGAGUAACAAGCGGACUUCCUGAAAAAGGAAACUGGUCAAGAGAGAAAAUCAUGCGAUGGUUAAGAACAAUAUUUAAGUUUCAGUUAGUCUAAACAGGUAUCCUUACCUUUCUGCCUGUUAAAAAGAUGUGGUUGAAGAUGGGAUGGAGUGGGUCUAAUCUUACAAUAUAGGGCUCAAUCAUAUCAUCUUGUGGUAACACUUGUUGCGAAGUGGCACUAUAUAAAUAAAGAUUGAUUGAUUUAAUGUGACUGCGUUGAAGAAAAUGUACUAAAGAUCUCCAUUAUUUGUUUAUUUUCGCAUUAAAAGCAAUCAAAAAAGCAAAAAGUAUUGUAUAAUUUUGCUCUGGACUCAGUAUGGGUUUAAGACCAUCUUCAUAUCAGACACAUGAAUCCAGAGGUGUCAUGUAUUUUAAAUUUGCGUGUAACCGGACCCUGAAGACCGGCAGCAAUCUGGCUGCUCUCUUCUGUCCACUGUGGGUUAGAUACAGUAUGAUCUAUUGUUUAUGCUGUUUGGAAAGCACAGCUGUCGUCUGUGUCACUAACAACGUUAUUAAAUCUAGGUCUCAUAAAUCUAUUUUUAGGACUCUCGUAAUGAAACUUUUCAAGUAAAACAUUAACCCUGCCAUCUUUCUUUGGUAAGAUAAGUGACCUCUUGUGGCUGAAUGUGUUUUCUUAAAAAAAAAACAAAAAAAAAAACCACACACACACACAACCUUUUUUUUGUCUCUAUUUUUAAACCAAUGUGCAUGAAUAUGUGAUAACUUGUAGUGUACUCUCUGUCUCUAGUAAACCCAAGGUUUCUGUGCUUGUGUCCUUUCAAAAUAAAGUCUUCCCUAUAUGUUUCUCCUCUGCAGGCUAAAGACUUAUAGUGAAACCUUCGGGAGUUACUUCAGGGAAUUAGUUUCCUCUUAAUAUAUCUUGACAUUAUGGUGGCCUGAAGAAUUUAAACAGUUGUAUUGUUUUCCCUUAUUUUCAUGCGGUUCUUCUAAUGAUAGAAAAGGUUGAGCUCCUCUGUCUUAGACCUUCACUGACAUGGUUAUAAGCUAAAGUGCUGUUUGUACCUUAUAGCAGCCACCUCAUGUUGUAUUUAAUAGUGAUUAAUAUAGUACAGCAUGAGUGUACUUAAUAUGUAUCAUGUCUACCAUGUCUCAUUAUAAAAAAAGGAGGAAACACACUUAGUUAAUCCUGCAAGGCCUUGGCCCACAUACGUCCUCUCACUGCAGAGCGAGACGCUUCAUGGAGACACAGGACGUCUUCUUGUGUUGCAGUGAAGAUGCUUGCCUUGCAGGGAGGCAUAUAUAAUGUAUGUGGCAUGUAUAAUGUAUAAAAAGGGUUGAGUUGCCUCAAUGUUGCCUGGUGAAUCCCUACAGAGUGUGGUGGCUAAAUGAUUCAGUAUGAGAAGCGGCUGCUGUAGAUUAGACUCCUGGCUAAGAAGUCAUUUUCUAGUGUUUUUGUGCCAAAAUGUGGCACACUGGUAAUUAGGAGAAAAGAAAGUGGGACAGAGGAUUAACGCAAGCACUACAUAACUACUCUACUGUUUAUAUUAGAUUGUGUAUUGAAUGCAUUGAAAAGAAAAGCCAAAUCAUAUUUAUUUACAUUCAUAGAGAACUAUAAAUAUGAUGAGUGAGCAGCUGCUACAUACAAAAAGUUCAAAAUCAGGGAGAAAGAUGACCAAUAACAGUCAACUGUCCCUAAGCAGCGGUCACCACCUCACUUUUCUGCAGCACUGCAUCUGAGUCCCUGCAGAUUUUCAAGAAAUGUCUCGACACUCAGCAGACAACCAUCCUCCAUCUCCUCAGUCAUGAGAUCUGUUUCACAGGCUGCUUUUUCCAGACAUCUUUAUCCGCUCACUGGAUCCUCAUCCUGUGUAACUGCACUGGUUCAGAAAUAGGCCAAAGACUGGAAGUCAUUAAUUAUGGAUGAAAAACUAUGACAGAGGAUUAUAAGAUACAUGAUGCAGUUUUAGUGUUGGCUUAUUUUUCCUUCUGGCCUUUAAAAUUGUGUUAACGCUGCAUUUCCUUUUCUUUUCCUCAUUUCUGCGGCUGAAUGGUGUAACAACGCUGAUUUUGCUUCAGGCACUCACAUUUUCAGUCUGGUAACCUUAUUUUAUCCUCUGAAACUGAAUAGACCCUGGUGCUCCACUGCAUGUCACCUGACAGUCCGGGAAAAUGUGACAGCAGACAUUUUUGUUUCACUCAUUACUCCUGUCUACCUUUUCAGACUGGUCACUCACACACUCCUCAUGUCAGACAUAAUUCAGUCUAUUUUUAUUCUCUUCUCUUUUGUGAAUUUGUCUCUGUUAUUUAUAGACAGAAAGGUUUGAGGUGAGACAUAUCAUCUUGGAGGGAGAAAAAGGGGAUUUCUGCUCUCUCAGUUUGAUGCACUGGAGCUUUUAGUCAUUUAGAUGUAGUGUGUCACAUGGUGGCCAAAGCGAGUAUGUGUGUGUGGGGUUUGGUGAGUGGGUGUGUAUGUUUGUCCUUGAAUUAAUCUGGCUACAUGAAAACAUGCCUGACAGAAUCACAGCUGAUUAUUUUUAGGCUCAGAGUUUGAUUUAGAGAAACCUACAUCUUCUCUGUGUGUGACUGAAUCAGCAGAGAAAGGUUCUUUUCUUUAUUAUUUAAACACUUUUUUCUACUGUGAUUUUGAACAUUACAGACUAAAGAGAACACCUAACAUGUGUUUUUUAGUUACUUCUAAUGUUCUGUCCUAUAAAUCUCCAUAUAAACAGACAGUAUAUCAACCAAGCGAAUGGAUGCUGAUUCGUUCCCUGGUUUUAUUUUAGGUGGAUGAUGUUGGAUAUGCACGCAGCACCCAGCAGGCACCAACUGUCGUCACAUCAGAGAGACCAACAGCACCUGAGCUGAGGGCGGAGAACAGUGUGGUGUCCUACAGCAAUGGGACAGUCAGCAUUCACAGUGAGGCAAACUACAAAAGCAACAUGUGAGUGAUGGGUGGCUGCUGAUGAGUGUGUGAGCACAACAUUAAGGCCUGAGCUCAGAAAACAAGACACACCUAAAAAAGGAAAACUUUGAAAAAAACACACACAUCCUACAACCACAAUCAGAAACUUAAAAUAAAAGCUUCUGGAUCCCCCUUAAGAUGAUUCACCAACAAUUUAUUUAAUUGCACAAGCAUGCAGUUUAAGGUCAUAUACAGCUGAAACCAGAAGUUUACAUACAAUAUAUAAAAAGGUACAAAACCUUUUUUUUCUCACUGUCUAACAUUAAAUCAGGUUAAACUUUUCCUCUUUUUGGUCAAUUAGAAUUACCAAAAUUAUUUUUAUUUGUUAAAUGCCAAGAUAAUGAGAGACAGAAUUUUUAGACAAUUUUUUAUUAUUUUCUUUAUGCCUUUAAACAAUUUGGGAAAGUCCAGAUAAUGAUAUCAUGUCUUUGGAAGCCUCUGAUAGGUUUAUUGACAACAUUUUAGUUAAUUAGAGACACACCUGUGGAUGUAUUUUAGGGCACACCUGAAACACACUGCUCCCUUGUAUAACAUCAUGGGAAAAAUCAAAAGAAAUCUGCCAAGAUAUCAGGAAGAGAAUUGUGGACCUACACCAGUCUGGUUCAUCCUUGAGUGCAAUUUCCAGAUGCCUGAAGGUGCCACGUUCAUCCAUUCAAACAAUUGUAUGCAAGUAAAAACACCAUGGGGAUGUCCAGACAUCAUACCGCUCAGGGAGGAGACAGGUUCUGUGUCCCAGAGAUGAACAUGCUUUGGUCUGAAGUGUGAAUAUCAACCCAAGUACAACAGCAAAAGCCCUUGUGAAGAUGCUGGCUGAAGCUGGUAAGACUGUGUCAUUAUCAACAGUGAAAGGAGUCCUGUACCGACAUGGGUUGAAAGGCCACUCUUCCAGGAAGAAGCCAUUAUUCCAAAAGAAACCUUAAAAGUCAGAUUACAGUUUGCAAAUGCACACAGGGACAAAGACCUGAAUUUCUGGAGAUAUGUCCUGUGGUCUGAUGAAACUGAAAUGAAACUCUUUGGUCAUAAUGACCAUUGUUACAUUUGGAGGAAAAAAGGGGAAGCUUGUAAGCCUGAAAACACCAUCCCAACUGUGAAAUAUGGGGGGUGGCAGCAUCAUGUUGUGGGGUUGUUUUGCAGCAAGAGGUACUGGUGCACUUCACAAAUAGAUGGCAUCUUGAGGAAAGAACAUUAUGUAGAAAUACUGAAGCAACAUCUCAAGACAUCAGCCAGGAAGUUAAAGCUUGGAAACAAAUGGGUUUUCCAAAUGGCAAACUGGUUAAAAAGUGGCGUAAGGAUAACAAAGUCAAUGAAGUGGACAUCACAAAGCCCUGAUUUCAAUCCUAUUGAAAAUGUAUGGGCAGAACCGAAAAGUCAUGUGCAAGCAAGGUGGCCUACAAACUUGGCUCAGCUACACCAGUUCUGUCAGGAGAAAUGGGCCAAAAUUCCUGCAAACUAUUGUGAGAAGCUUGUGGAAGCAUAUCCAAAACAUUUGACCCAAGACAUACAAUUUGAAGGCAGCCACCAAAUACUAAUGACAUGUAUGUAAACUUUUAACUCUUGAGAAAAUAAUAAAAAAUUGUCUAAAAAAUUCUCUCUCUCAUUAUUUUGGCAUUUAGCAUAUAAAAAUAAUUUUGGUAAUCCAUUAUUGUCCAAAAACAGGAAAAGUUUAAUCUGAUUUAUUGUUAGACAGUGAGGAAAAAAAGGUUAUGUGUCUUUUUAUAUAGUAUAUGUAAACAUCUGGUUUCAACUGUAGAUUGACUCUUACGUCAUGUAGGCAAGAACUGCCAUAAAACCUCUUUUCUACCAUCUUAACACAGAUAAAGGGGAUGUGGCUGCCCAGCCACCACCUUAUCAUAUCCCCACAGGUAACAUAAAAUAUUUAGGGAUCCAUCUAUCAGCCAAGCUGUCAGAGCUGUUUACCCAUAACUUCACACCAUUACUCAAAUCUGUACAAGACGAUCUUAAUCGCCCUAUCAAUCUACAAAUCCUCUUUCAAAGAGAAUUUCCACAAUAAAAAUGUCAGUUUUACCUAAAAUCACUUAUUUUCCAUGAUCCCCAUUUUUCCAGCAGUUCAACUUUAUAUAUAUUACAUAUAUUAUCAGCUUUAUAUAUAUUUAUAUUACUACUGUUAGUGUUCUGGAAAAAAAACUUGUUGAUCCUACAAUUGACCUUACAAUGAUCCACAAGUCCUGUUUUCAGGCUUAAGUGGCAGAAUAAAACACUUAAAAACUGGAAAUACUUGGUAACUUAAACACUGGUGAUCCAAUGCAAAUCUGUGGUCUUCAAUCACAAUAUAUAUCUAAAAAACAAAAAACAAAAAACAAGACAUGCAUUUGGAGUUCUGUGGCUUACACUUUGAACUGUCUGACAUAAUAUCGGUCUUCUCACUUGUGUGUCCUUCUUUUCUCCAGUGUCUCUGCUGAUAACAAUAACAGUCGUGGGCCUGAGGCUCUGUACCAGAACAACAGGGCCACAGUUUGUUCCAGUAGUUCCUCAGAGCAAAGUGACAGCAUCAGGAAACCUCCUCCUCUUUCUUAUCAUGUGAAGAAGGAGCAAAAAGAGGGUCCAAAGACCAGGGCUGCUGCUCAUGAGAAGAUAGAGUCCCAGUAUGAGACUGGCUAUACCACAGGAGACACUGGGAAUGAGCUGGACAGGGACCAUACUGCUCACCUGUAUAGGUAAACAGUUGAUACUGUUAUUUUUAUUUUAUUUUUUAUGAGAGAGCAUGUAAGUAAUAUACCUUAUGUUUAUUUAAACCGCACACACCUUACACAGUAUGGUUAAAAGUACUACUACUACUACUACUUCACGAAUCAUACAAAAAUAGAAUCCCCAAUUCACAACAUAAAGACACUUAAAGGAAACUUGACCACCAGUAAAAUUCAUUUUGAUUUGUAAUUUAACCAGAAAGCUUAGAUUAUCCUCUAAUUUAACAUUCGUUUAUGCCUAUAAAUCAACUUGAUGUCUCACUUCAGGCUGUAUCCAGAGAUAACUUCAGACGAGCAACGCCACCAGUACAAGACAGAGUUUGACUCGGAUCUGGCCCGCUACAAGAGCCUGUGCGCCCAAAUGGAUGACAUCAGUGACAAGAUCCACAAGCUGGGCCGAGAGCUGGACACAUUAGACUAUAGCUCCGUGAAGUACCAGGUAGAGGGGUGGGGACAGGAAGGACGAGUGCAUGGAAUUUAGCACAAGCUGCCAGGAGAGUAUUGAGUCAUAACUGUGCCUUUUAAUUAGAUGAACGGGCUUAGUUCAUCCUCAGUGUGAGUCUGAGUGACUACCACAGACCCACACAGCCAGUCAAACCAGAUAGGCUAUCAGUUUUGUGCUUAAUUUAAUGAACUGUUUUGUAAUUCUCAUGUAAUGUUCUCAUGUUUUCAGGGUGUGGCAGACGAGUACCUCCGGCUCAAAGACCUGAAAAAGGUGAGUGGAAGCUAAUCUGUGAUUUCCUCCUUUCCAGGGUGUUACCUAUCAUCCCUUACUGAAGUGAAAUUUCAACUUCAGUACAACAUUUGACCGCCUGUAAAUCCACAAUGAACCAUUUAACCCUUUUUUGAGUUGUUGAGCUAGUAACACAGUUGGUGAACAAAGGUAGUGUUAACAGGCCAGUUUAGAUGGAGACCAGUUAGCUGUUACUACCUAUUACCAAUCUUUGCGCUAAAUUUAGCUAAGCUUAGCUAGCUAGCUACCUCCAAAAAAAUAGCUACAUAUUUAGCCAAGUGACAGCUCUUUUAACUUAUUUGAAUACAAUGUAAGAUAUUGAUGUUUAAUUUGUUCUGUCAUCCAGACGCCAGACUAUCAAGCAAAAAAGAAGCACUGCAAGGAACUUCGCCAGAAGCUUUUCCACAUCAAACGCCUGGUGAAAACUUACGACCAAGGCCUUUGUUAG